CUUCGGGUCAUUAGGUACAAAACAUCAACCAAGGUCUCUUCUCUCUUCCAGGUGGUCCGUGCGCACAAAGCCCUAGGCACUGACCUCUUGUAUCUCCACGCAAAAUCGGAUUAGGCGAAGAAAUUCACACAAUCGCCUUUGCAGUAUCUACACCCAAAUUUUCUGUCUUUCUUCCCGCUCUGCUGGUCCCCACGAUUCGGCCUCAUCUACUAACACCACACAGCCGACCGCGACGACCACCGCCGAGAUGAAGUUGAACAUCUCAUACCCUGCCAAUGGCAGCCAAAAAAUGAUCGAGAUCGAAGACGAGCGAAAGCUCCGAGACUUCAUAGAGAAGCGCAUGGGCGCUGAAGUCCCCGGCGACAGCCUUGGCGAUGAGUUCAAGGGUUACAUCUUCCGUAUCACCGGCGGCAACGACAAGCAAGGCUUCCCCAUGAAGCAGGGCGUCAUGCACCCUACCCGUGUCCGACUCCUCCUCUCCGAUGGCCACUCCUGCUACCGCCCCCGCCGCAGUGGUGAGCGCAAGCGAAAGUCGGUCCGCGGCUGCAUCGUCGCCAUGGAUCUCUCCGUCCUCGCGCUAUCGGUCGUCAAGCAGGGCGAGAACGACAUCCCUGGCCUGACCGACGUCGUCCACCCCAAGCGCCUCGGCCCCAAGCGUGCCACCAAGAUCCGCCGCUUCUUCAGUCUCAGCAAGGAUGACGAUGUCCGGAAAUACGUGAUUCGGCGAGAGGUCCAGCCCAAGGGCGAGGGCAAGAAGCCUUACACCAAGGCCCCCAAGAUCCAGCGACUGGUUACUCCCCAACGCCUCCAGCACAAGCGCCACCGCAUUGCGCUGAAGAAGCGACAGGCCGACAAGGUCAAGGACGAGGCCACCGAGUAUGCCCAGAUCCUAGCCAAGCGUGUAGCCGAAGCCCGCGCCCACAAGGCCGAUGUGCGCAAGAGGCGCGCAAGCUCGAUGCGCAAGUAAAUAGUUACAGGCGUUUGGUCGGUGUCUUCUGGUUCUUGCAUUGGGACAUAAAUCAUGGGUAGUGUCGUCAGGGGCACGAGGGUCAGCUAGUGAUAUGGCUCAAAAAAAACAUGAUGAGUGUAUUCUCGGGAGCCGCCGCCUAAAAAUGAGAUUUAAGAUUCCCCAACCAUGCA